GCUCAUCUCUGCUGAUGAUUGAAUACAAAGCUGGGCCCAUUAAGUGAAAGUCACUCUCAGCCCUCAGGGCAUAUACCAAUUGCAUUUGGAGCGGGACAACGUCUUCCCGGCUCCCUCCAUUCUCCGUCGGACGGCCAAUGGAUGAAUGGCAAGCUCACUCCUCGAGUCUCUGUUAUCCAAAUGCACCGCGCUCUCCCACCUCAACCAAAUCCAAUCCCUUCUCAUCACCACCGGCCAAUUCAAGUUCCUCAACAUCUGCCCACCGCGAUCCAAGCUCCUCGAGCUCUACUCAUUAACCUUCAACCAUCUCAACUUCGCCAGCCGCACUUUCUCCCAAAUCCCCAAUCCUUCCACCAAUGACUGGAAUGCCAUUCUCCGGGGUCUCAUCAUCGGGCCCUCACCUUCCGACGCCUUCCUAUGGUACCGAUCCAUGCUCCGCGGUUCCUACAGAAUCGACGCCUUAACCUGCUCAUUCGUUCUCAAAGCUUGCGCUCGCGUUCUAGCUCUCUCCGACUCGCUCCAGCUCCACUCCCAUGUCGUGCGUAAAGGCUUCUCUGCCGAUGCUCUGUUGGGUACCACGUUGUUGGAUUUGUAUGCUAAAGCAGGGGACAUCGGGAGCGCACAGAAGGUGUUCGAUGAAAUGGCAAAGAGAGAUAUCGCGUCGUGGAACGCGUUAAUCUCUGGGUUGGCUCAGGGGGAGAAGCCGGAUGAGGCUUUGGGUUUGUUUAAAAGGAUUGAGAUUGAUGGGUUUAAGCCGAACGAGAUCACUGUCCUUGGCGGGCUCUCUGCCUGCUCACAGCUGGGCGCUUUUAAAGAAGGGGACAAGAUAUACGACUAUAUAAGAAGCGAGAGAUUGGAUGGGAACGUGCAGGUAUGUAACGCAGUGAUAGACAUGUAUGCUAAAUGUGGAUUUGUCGACAAGGCGUAUUCAGUUUUCCAGACAAUGAGUUGCGACAAGAGUCUUGUUACUUGGAACACCAUGAUAAUGGCUUUUGCCAUGCAUGGUGAUGGAGAUAAGGCUCUUCAGCUUUUCCACCAAAUGGGUCCCUCUGUCCGGAUGGAACCCGAUGAAGUUUCGUACCUUGCAGCUAUCUGUGCUUGUAACCAUGCCGGUGUGGUUGAUUUGUUAGGGCGAGCUGGGCGCCUCCAGCAGGCUUACUAUGUCAUCGACUCCAUGCCGAUGCUGCCUGACAUGGUUCUCUGGCAGACUUUACUCGGCGCUUGCAAAACUUACAAGAACGUGGACAUGGCUGAAAUGGUGACUAGGAAACUGGUGGAGAUGGGCUCUACUAGCGACGGCAAUUUCGUCCUGCUGUCAAACAUUUACGCUGCACAUGAGAGAUGGGCUGAUGUGGGGAGGAUUAGGGACGUGAUGAAGAGCAAGGAUGUGAGAAAAACUCCUGGAUUUAGCUACAUUGAAGAGAAGGGUGUAAUUCACAAGUUUUAUAAUGCCGAUAAGGCGCAUAAGCACUGUAAGCAGAUCCAUGGCAAGUUGGAAGAAAUCAGGUUCAAGAUGAAGGAGUUUGGAUAUGCAGCUGAGACGAGCUUUGUGUUGCAUGAUAUAGGAGAUGAAGAGAAGGAGAAUGCGUUGUAUCAGCACAGUGAGAAGCUUGCUGUAGCAUUUGGGUUGAUAUGUGCAGAGGAUGAAGCGAGACCAAUUCAAGUGAUCAAGAAUCUGAGGAUUUGUGGGGAUUGUCACGUUGUGAUUAAACUCAUAUCGAAGAUGUACAAUAGGGAGAUUAUUGUUAGGGAUAGGGUUAGGUUUCAUCGGUUUAAAGAUGGUACUUGUUCAUGUAGGGAUUACUGGUGACACUAAUUCGCUCUAUUUAUGUACUACUGUACUAGCAGU